AUGAGCGAGAGUCCCAAACACACGCCGUUCGAACGAGAGGCGCCGCCGCCCCGGGCCACGGCCUUUCGCGAGAUCGUGCUGCUCGGGAUCAUCUGCUUUGCGUGCCCCGGUAUGUUUAACGCGCUCAACGGCCUCGGCGGCGGUGGCCAGCUCGACACGUCGGUAGCAUCCAACGCCAACGUUGCGCUCUACGCGUGCUUUGCACUCUUCUCGUUUCUCGCGGGCUCGAUGCACAACCUCCUCGGACCGAAACCUUGCGUGCUCCUCGGCGGUCUCACGUACGCAGUCUAUGCUGGGUCGCUCCUCCACUACAACAUCCAUGGCUCGUCGACCCUCGUCGUUAUUGCCGGCGGCCUCCUCGGCGUUGGCGCGUCCUUGCUCUGGACAGCGCAAGGCGCCAUGAUGCUGGCGUACCCAAGUGAGCACGAAAAAGGCACGUUCAUCUCGACGUUCUGGAUUGUCUUCAACCUCGGCGGCGUCCUCGGCGGCUUUAUCCCGUUCGGCUGCAACUUCCACUCGGCCGCAUCGACCGUGAACGAUGCCACGUACAUUGGUUUUAUGGCCAUCAUGGUGCUCGGGGCGCUGCUGGCGCUUUUGCUGCGUCGCCCACACCGCGUCGUGCGCUCGGACCACUCGCUCGUGGAGUACCCCACGAGUGCAACGUCGCCGCUCAUCGAGCUCCGCGGUCUCUGGACGGCGCUCCGCGAUCCCCGCGUGCUCUGCUUGCUCCCCGCGGCGUUUUACUCGAAUUUCUUUUACGCCUACCAGUUCAACAACGUCAACGGAAAGCUCUUCACGCUUCGCACACGGGGCCUCAACAACGCUCUCUACUGGGCCAUGGAGAUGCUCGGCGCCUUCGUCUUUGGCACCAAACUCCUCGACGUCGACGAUUGGUCGCGCGCGAAACGAGCCCGCGUGGGCUUGUUUGUGCUCACGGCGCUCUGCGUGUUGACGUGGGCGCUCGGCGCGGGCCUCCAGUCGACGUAUACGCGGACGUCGACGCAAGAACUGAUCGACUUUACCGACGCCAAAGCCGCGUUUCCGAUGGUCGUCUACCUUCUCUACGGCUUCCUCGACGCGACCUUCCAGACCUAUGUCUACUGGAUGAUUGGGGCGCUCACCAACGACGCGUCCGAGCUCGCGCGCAUCGUGGGGCUUUACAAGGCCUUUCAGAGCGCGGGCGGUGCCAUCUCGUGGAAAGUCGAUGUUGCCGGAUCGGGCUUGAUGCUCCAGCUCGGACUCAAUUGGGGCCUCAUGCUGCUCGCGCUGCUCUGCAUGGUCCUUGUUGCCCGCAACUUGACCAAGUAG